AUAGUCACGGGAAAAGGGACCGAAAAACGACGAACUUGCUUUCUUCAGUUGCUUGCUUGCUAGAAGCGAUCUUCCGAUUGAAGGUGUCAUUGCCGAAACCAGGAAGUCUGGUUAUGGUGGGAUUUGUAGUUUUUUUUAAUAUUCGCAAGACCUUUAAUAAGAAUGGAGACUGAGGAUCUUAGAAACUACUAAUCCCAGGAUGCUUUUCGAAAGCAGCGGUUCUUUACCCUGCCUACGGUCGUUGUUGAGAAGUAGGGGACCCAGCAAUGUUGCUGUGCCCAGGGAAAGGCGGGUACAGUGCUGAAUAUGAAUUGGGAGACUGCAUGAUCAGAUAUCUGGGCAAUUGGUAGCUCCGAUUUCUGAAGAUCUGCUCUUUUAAGGAUGAAUAGAAUGAAGGUUGAUGAGGAAGAGUACUGGCACAGUUCCAAGUGUAAAGCCUUCACUUUUGAUGAUGAAGAUGAUGAGCUCUCCCAGCUGAAGGAAUCUAAGCGAGCGGUAAACAGCCUGCGAGAUAUUGUAGAUGACGAUGAUGAUCUUGAGAAGUUCAGCUGGAGUGGGGAGCCCGUGGGCAGCAUUUCCUGGUCAAUCAAAGAGACUGCAUCUGCCAACAGUACCCCAGAGGGAAAUGAUCUGGGCCUACAAAAGAGCUCUUCCUCCACAUCUUUCCCCAAACAAGCCUCUUCCUACUCACUAAGCAGCUUUUUCAAAGGAAGAAACAAACAUGGGAGUUUUCAGUCACUUUCUGAUGCUCUCACUGACACAGGAUUUAAAAAUUAUGCUCCAGAACUGCGCAGACCUAAAGCAGAGUACAAGGACUACGACAGUGUCUGGAGCCCUAAAGAGACAGUUAGACGGUUGCAAAGAGGCAAGGUCUGUUCACUGGAGAGGUUUCACUCCUUGCAGGAGAAGCUGCUGCUGCUGGAUGAAGCUGUUGCAGGACACGAUGGCAACGUCAUUACAGCUGUUCUAGUCUUUCUGAAGAGAACCUUAAAGAAAGAAGUUCUGUUCCGGGAGCUGGAGCUGCGGCAGGUGGCCUUGCGCCAUUUCAUACAUUUUCUCAAAGAGACUGGAAACCAGAAGCUCCUCCUAGACUUCUUGAGGUUCUUGGACAGGAUGGAGGAAGUUGCAUUGACACAGUACCGUGAGCACCUGACUAUCCAGGAUGCAGAGAAGCGAAAAGAAUUCCUGAAAGGUUGCAUUGGGUUGCCAUUUUCCUCAGAAGAUUCUGCUCUUGUCCAAGAUCAUUAUACACUCCUAGAGAGGCAGAUCAUCAUUGAAGCAAAUGACAAGCAUUUAGAAGCAGCUGGACAGACGGAGAUAUUUCGGAAACACCCACGAAAGGCCUCCAUCCUAAACAUGCCCCUGGUCACCACACUCUUCUACUCUUGCUUCUACCAUUACACAGAGGCUGAGGGAACAUUCAGCAGCCCAGCAAACUUAAAGAAAACGUUUAAGAUUCCAGACAAACAGUAUGUGUUGACAGCUCUAGCUGCUCGUGCCAAACUCCGGGCUUGGCAUGAUGUAGAUGCUCUGUUCACCACCAAGAACUGGUUGGGCUACACAAAAAAGAAAGCUCCCAUUGGUUUUCAUCGGGUAGUAGAGAUCUUACAGCGGAAUAAUGCCCCAGUGCAGAUCCUACAGGAAUAUGUUCGCCUGGUGGAAGAUGUUGAAACAAAGCUGAACCUUGCCAUGAAAUACAAGUGCCAUGAUGUUGUUAUAGAUACAUAUAAAGACUUGAAGGACCGCCUCCAGCUGAUGGCAUAUAGAUGUAAAGUUGACCGUGGUUCUCCAGCAGAGGAAAAGAUUGAUAGUAUCCUGAAUAAUCCGCAAAUUCGGUGGAAGAAUUGAGAGGUGCUCACUCCUUGUGGAAGAAUCCUUACUUUUCUGGCACAACAAUGGGCACAAGGCCAGUUGCCAAACCUUGUGUGUGUUGUUUUGGGCAACUGUCUGUCACUUGGCACUGCAUGUGGAUCCUGGGACAGAAACAAACAUUUAGGCAUUGACCAAAAGAGAUGUUCAGCCAAUGGAACACAAAGCAGACAGACUGAAGUCUACACUCUUUGCAGUUAUCUUGGCCAAGUGAUGGACAUCAUUGUACAGAAAGAAGUGGACUUAGUUGAAUAAGCUGGUGCAUCUGUUUCUUGCAGGCUACUGGCCUGUUCAUCUGAAAACAACAACAAAACUCUAAACCCUAUAUAGGAAGAGGCAGUCAGACCUUCCGCCUCAUCCAUAUUUGAAACUUAAGACACUUGUUGCUUUGACAGGAAUUAAACCUCUGUGCUGAGUACUCUUCUUGCCUCCAGAAACACAGAAGCACUUAAGAAUUAACCAGGAUAACCAGGAUUCUUACUUAGAAAAGGCUGCAUAAAGAUUGAAUGGGGGGGAGUGGUUUGAUAAACCUCAUUCAUGUUCCCCUCUCCAGAUACUUGUACUUUAAUGACUUGGACUUUCAUCCAGUGAACUUGAAGCUAACUCUGCUUGGGGCCAAUCAAUAAUAUUGCUGAGCUUACUGGACAACUGGAGUAUUUUCCCUCCAAUGAGAGCUGAUUGAACUAAUUAGCCCUCAGAACUUCUCCCCUAAGCUGUGCCACAGGCCCAGAGCUUUGCUCUGUACAUCCUUUGCCCUGUCCUCUUGCGCUUUCCAUGUUUUGUUCCUGUAAAUAAAGCUUUGCCUACCUGCA